AUGACCUCAAAUAACUCAGAUGCAGAGGUAAACCUCUACUUGUACGAUCCAAGUCAUAUAUUACCGGCGGUGUUUGCUGCUUUGGUAGGCUUAUCCCUACUCUUGCAUAUUUACCAAAACCACCGCUAUCGAUUCUGGCGCGUCACCUUCUUCGUCUCCUGGGGUGGAGCCCUGUUCACUACCGGCUGGAUUCUCCGUUGCAUAUCGAGUUACCAUCCAGGAAACUUGAACAUAUAUAUCGCAUCAACAAUCUUCAUUUAUGCCGGCCCACCAGUGUACUCGGCCGCCGCCUAUAACCUCAUCGGACGCCUCAUGAACUACUUACCAAUGCAUGCCGUCCUCAAUCCCAACCGCGUCCUCAUCUUCUUCGUCUAUGUCGGCGCUGCUGCGGAAGCAAUUACAGUCGCAGGAGCAGCCAAAAAUGUAUCAGCCGGUUCUGACCUGAAGGAGUACAAGGCCGGUGGGACUCUCAUCGCUGCAGGGCUUGUUCUCCAAGCUGUGGUCGAGUGUUGCGUGGUCGGUGUCGUUGCAACAAUUCAUGUCCGCUGCUCUCGAGCUCGGAUGAUCUCGCCAAAUGUCCGUACGAUCUGCAUCACACUCUACGGGACAUCGAUCCUUGUCUUGGUGCGAUGUAUCUUCCGCGCGGUCGAGGCAUUCGAGAAGUUUGGUAACCUCGGCUGCCGGGAGAACUGCGGGCCCAUUCUCAGCAACGAAUGGUAUUUAUAUGCAUUUGAGCUGAGUCCUAUGCUUCUCUUCACUUGGUGGCUCAAUUUGAUGCAUCCUGGUCGGCAUCUACCCCGUCAAAAACUUCGCUAUCUCUGUCCUGAUGGUCGGACCGAGCGAAUGGGUCCCGGCUGGAUUGACCGCCGCUCUCAGUGGGAGACAUUUGCUGAUCCAUUAGAUUUGAAGGGGGUGCUCAAAGGUACACCUUCUCAUGAGAAGUAUUGGCUGCGACAGGAUGAAUGGCCCGUCUGCAAGGAUGGUAGCUUUGCUACGGGGACUGCUACCAACACGAGGGCUGCAUCUGAGGACGAAAAGAACCUUGUUCCACUUAGUCCUCCUGUUUGA